AUGCCAGACUCGGAGAGCCAGUGGAUAUUCACUGAGGAGGAAUUACUCCGUACUCCUUCGGUUCUCGACGGACUCUCGCCUGAAGCAGAGCGCGAACAACGUAGCAAGGGUUGUAAUUUCAUCGUGCAAUUGGGAAUUCAGCUCAGGUUACCACAAGUUACCCUCGCAACAGCCUCCAUGUUCUUGCACCGUUUCUACAUGCAAAAUUCGCUGAAGAAACACCACUACUAUGUUGGCAAUGCGAUUCGUGAGAAGACGGUUCUAACGCUGCGACUUCAGGAAACUGCCGCUACUGCUCUUUUUGUCGCAACUAAGGUUGAAGAGAAUAUGCGCAAAUUCGGCGAGCUUGUCGCAGCCUGUGUUCGCGCGGCACAGAAAAAUCACACUAUGCCGGUGCAUCGCGAUGACAAGGAGUUUUGGAAAUGGAAAGAUUGCAUCCUCACAAAGGAGGAUUACCUACUUGAAUCAAUUUGUUUUGAUUUAGAGACUGAACCCCCAUACAGUAUGCUUCUGCUGAUCACCAAACGUCUGGGUGUGCGAGACCGCGAGCUUAUUCGCAUCGCAUGGACCUUCAUAAACGAUUCAACUCUCACUAUGCUAUGUGUGUUAUAUCCAAGCAAAACAAUCGCUGCUGCUGCCCUCUACUGUGCGGCCAAGCAUUGCGAAAGAGAAUUCCCUGAUCACGGUGGGAGGCCAUGGUGGGAUGUCAUUGGAGUUAAGAUUAGGGAUAUCAAGAAAGCCUGUAAUUACAUGGCUAUGAUCUAUGAGAACAAUCCGCUCCGAACUGAAGUCAAAUACGUUGCAACCCCCGAAAACGGCGAUGACAAUAACAGAACCCAGGCAAGAGCCGUAAGCGAUGCCAGUCCCGAGAGUGGGUCUAGAAGUAGCAGGACUGAAAGUCGAUCGGGCAGUGAAGGGGGGAAGAGGCCUAGGGACGACAGCAGCAGGACCGAAGAGGACAGCGGAGACGAGUCGAGGCGAAAAGUUGACGAUGAAAAAUCCGUACCCGCCCUUCCGAGAAACGAGUCCGGUGAAUUAGAGGAGGGUGAACUUGAUGAUUAG